ACGCGCCAGGUUGUAAGAGGACCCCGGUACGCCUCGUGUUUUCGCAUGCAGUAGUGUCUGUCAUUCUAUCAGCGGCUGAUACAUCUGACACUAAAAGCCAAUCUAAAUAAUAAUUAUUCGUCAAUAGGUGGUUUGAUCAUGAGCUCUCAGAUAACGUGUGUUGGAUGGGUGAGGAGAGGAGUGACUAAGGAAACACCAGAUAAAGUGGAAUUGAGCAAAGAGGAGCUGCAGCGCAUCAUAGCCGAGGCAAAAGAUGAAUUAAGUCAUGAUGGCGAGGAUGAGGAUGAAGAAGUGGAAGCGUGCACCGUGAGUGAGCAGGAGACGACCGAAUCUCAGUCAGCCUCAGACAUGACAGCUGCUGAUGAAGCAAACCCAGAGAAAGAUGAUUUAGCUGAGUAUGAACUGGACAAAUAUGAUGAGGAAGACCUUGAAACUGCUAACCUGGGGGACGGUCUGGCAGGUCUGGCAGUGUAUGGCAGUAACGAAGAAGAUCCUUAUGUCACCAUUAAAGACACAGACCAGUAUGAACGAGAGGACUUCCAGAUCAAACCUACCGAUAACCUCAUUUUGGCCGGUAGGGCUGAAAAGGAUUGUUGCAACCUCGAAGUUUAUGUGUAUAAUUCUGAAGAGAACUCCCUGUAUGUCCACCACGACAUCCUCUUGCCUGCUUAUCCGCUGAGUGUCGAGUGGCUGAACUUUGAUCCCAGCCCUGAUGAAGGUACAGGGAAUUAUGCGGCUAUAGGAAACAUGACCCCGGUUAUUGAUGUGUGGGAUCUGGAUGUGGUGGAUAGCUUGGAGCCUGUGUUUUCUCUGGGCAGCAAGAAGACCAAGAAGAAAAAGAAGAAGAAUGCUGCCCAGCCAAUUGAGGGCCACACCGAUGCGGUAUUGGAUUUGUCCUGGAACAAGAUGGUUAGGAAUGUCUUGGGAAGUGCUUCUGCUGAUGAGACAGUGGUUCUUUGGGACCUUGUGCAGGGCAAACCAGCAACAACUCUAAGACGUCACACAGACAAGGUCCAGACUCUGAAAUUCCACCCUUUCGAGGCGCAGACUCUUAUCACCGGGUCUUAUGAUAAAUCGGCAAUCUUGUACGACUGUCGCAAUCCAGAAUCCAGCAAUCGUGUCUGGCGCUUCAGUGGUCAGGUGGAGCGCCUGGCGUGGAAUCACUUCUCCCCAUGCAAUUUCCUUGCCAGUACAGAGGAUGGCUUUAUUUACUGUUUAGAUGCCAGAUCAGACAAGCUGGUCUUCACGCUGAGGGCACAUGAAGGAGAGGUGUCCGGUAUGGACCUGAGCAGUCAAGUGAGCGGUUGUCUGGUUACUAGCUCUGCUGACAAACACGUGAAAGUCUGGGAUAUUCUCGGAAACAAGCCCAAGCUCGUUCAUUCCAGAGACAUGAAAAUGGGAAUACUGUUCUGUGCGGCUUGCUGUCCUGAUCUACCCUUUGUUUAUGCAUUUGGAGGACAGAAGGAUGGGCUGCGAGUAUGGGACAUUAGUGAUGUAGCUGCAGUGGCAGAGGUUUUUGGCAGUCGGGAGCGCUUGGUUGCCAACACCAUGACUUCGGGCUCAAGCAGCAGUGCGGCUGAAAUGGAGAUCUCUUAAUAGAACAGCCAGAGACUUUUUGUACAAAGAAUUGUUUCUCAAAUACUAAAAAAGGCUAAUUGUGUCUAGAGAAAAUACAUCAGUUUAUACUUUGUUUCUGGUAUACAAGAUGAAAACAUAUACAAUUAGUACAAAAAUAUAUGUACAUUUUUAAAAAAUCAUUAAACAGAUGUUUAAUUCUCAAAA